GGGAGGUUCUAAAUGAGCUGCGCAGGUUGCGUGGAUCAAAGCGCAUGAAUGUGAGUCUCUGGAGCUCAGUGUCAGUGGCGCCGUGGCACCGCACCAGGUUCAGUAUGCUGGAAAGUAAGUUUUUCCCCGCGACAUGAAUCCUGUCAAUGAAACCAGGGCAGAGAGAAGCACGGACAGUCACCUGUUCGAACUCGGCACCUAUAAACUUCUGGCCGUCACCAUCGGAACUAUUGGGGUGAUCGGCUUCUGUAACAACGCGCUGGUCAUCGUACUGUACUGUAAAUUCAAGAAGCUGCGUUCUCCCACCAAUUUGUUACUGGUCAACAUCUGCGUGAGUGAUUUUCUGGUGUCUGCCAUCGGAAUUAACUUCACCUUUGUGUCGUGCGUUAAAGGCGGAUGGGUUUGGAGCCAGGCAACAUGCGUCUGGGAUGGAUUCAGCAACGGGCUCUUUGGCAUUGUUUCCAUCAUGACUUUGGCAGCCCUGGCCUAUGAGCGCUACAUUCGAGUGGUCCACGCCCAGGUGGUGGACUUCCCCUGGACGUGGCGGGCCAUCGCCCACAUCUGGCUGUACUCCUUAGUCUGGACGGGGGCUCCUCUGCUGGGCUGGAAUCGUUACACGCUGGAGAUUCACCAGCUGGGCUGCUCUCUGGACUGGGCUUCAAAGGACCCCAAUGACGCCUCCUUUAUUUUCUUCUUCCUCCUGGCGUGUUUCUUUGUGCCAGUGGGAGUCAUGAUCUACUGCUAUGGGAACAUACUCUAUGCAGUGCAGAGGCUGCGCUCCAUCCAGGACCUGCAGACAGUUCAGAUAGUCAAGAUCCUACGAUACGAGAAAAAGGUCGCCAUCAUGUUCUUUUUAAUGAUCUCCUGCUUCCUGGUCUGCUGGACACCUUACGCUGCUGUCUCCAUGGUAGAGGCCUUUGGUAGAAGAAGCCAGGUUUCUCCCAGACUCGCCAUCAUUCCUUCAUUCUUUGCCAAGUCCAGCACGGCCUACAAUCCACUCAUCUACAUGUUUAUGAGCAGAAAGUUCAGGCGAUGUUUGCAGCAGCUGCUGUGUUCUCAUCUUUCUGGCCUCCAACCGGCCUACAAAGAGCGCUCCGUGACCCCAGUCGUACGACCCAUCCGCCCUAUAGUGGUGUCCAACGAUUGUGGAAGCAGAAACAGACCCAAGAAGAGGGUUACCUUCAGCUCCUCGUCCAUAGUCUUCAUCAUCACCAGUGAUGACCUGCACCAGCUGGACAUGACCCCCAAGACCAGAGGACCCUCAGAUGUUAAUGUUUUUCAAGUGAGGCCACUGUGAUCUUUAAGGACUCGUCUUUCUGCCGCACCACUCCGUAUGCCUUACGCUGUCUCAUACUAUUCCAAGCCAAACGACUCUGAACGUCUUACCUCGUAACACCACCUAAGAACAACACCUUUGUCGAAACGUCUUCACUUCUUUCAGAUUUCAAUAUUCUGUCUUAGGAGGUCGUAUGUAACAGGUUUAUAUCACAUUACCAGCUGUGUUUCAAUGAGAACAUGCAGCACUUUAUGAAGAAUUCAAUAAAAAAAUUU